AUGGCUUCCCACCGCCACUUCCUCCGCCUCCUCGACGACCCCUUCUUCCCCUUCCCACCGCCGCCACCUUCCUCCUCCUCCUGCCCGUUCCUCCUUGACCUGGACCACCCGUCGCCGUUCCCCACCGCCUCCCCAUUCCCUGACCUGGACGACCUCCUCCUGCCCCCGGCGCCGGCGCUCGACCCCUUCUUCGCCUUCCCCCCGACCCCGUCCCCCUACACCCCGCUCCUCCUCCGCGACCUCACCGACCGCGUCGCCGCGCUCGAGCUCGCCAUCGCCACCGCGCGCCGCCGCCCCGAGCCCCCCGCCACCCGGAAGCGCACCUACGUCACCGAGGCCGGCGGCCGCAAGGUCAAGUGGACCUCCGUCGAGAAGCCGCGCGCCGGGGAGCGGACGCUCAGGUGGGAGGCCGAGAUCAAGUCCCCCGACGACGACGGCUUCGACCGCAAGUGGAAAUGGGAGGCCAAGGGAGGAUCCUCCGCCGCCGGUGGCGCCGGUGCCAGGAAGCUCAAGUGGGGCGCCGCGGUCAAGGGCAAGGGAUGUCUCGAGCCCUGGUCCCAGGCCUACACCUGGGAGGAGGACUUCACCGCCAGCGACAGCGACGACGAAGAGGAGGAGCGCGCGGCCGACAAGAACAAGAACAAGACCAAGAAGGCCACCGUGAAGAAGGAGAAGAAGGAGGAGGUGAAGGCCGUCAAGAAGGAGACGAAAUGCCCCUUCGCCACCGUCAAGAUCGAGGAGAUCUCCUAUGACAAUGAUGCUGGAUGCGUCGCCAUCAAAAGGUCAGACCUUUUCUUCUGCAUUCGUCAUUCUCCCUCACUGGUGAUUGGGUGGGUUUUUGCUCCUCACAGGGGUUUUGGACGGUGGUUGGGGCCAAGAAAGGCAUUUGCUAAGGGCAACGGCAAGGGAAAGAGGAAGGAGCUCUCCCCACAAGAUGCUGCAUUGCUCAUCCAGAUGACCUACAGGGCUCACCUUGCUCACCGCUCCCAGGUGCUUCGCUGCCUGCGCGAUCUGGCUGUGGCUAAAGCCAACCUCAAGGAGCUCAGGUCCCUGUUCUAUAACAUCUCCUACAGGCACCUCAUUGCGCAUGACCACGAAGAGCGCCAGAGGUUCUCUGAGAAGAUCAUCGUACUGCUCAUAACCGUCGAUGCGCUCGAGGGACCUGACUACAUGGUGAGGACCACGAAGAAAUCUAUGCUAGAGGAGCUUGAAGCAAUGCUGGAGGUUGUGGACCCUCAGCCCCCAGGGAAGCAGAGAUCACUGAGCCGCAGGAAGUUUGAUCUCCCAGAGGGUGGAGCCAUCUCUGAUGAGAAAAUGGCUGCUGCGAACAAGGCCGCCAGGAUCAUCGAGGAGGGUAAGUGA